AUGGGUUUUUCGUUUAAGCUUACAACGAAAGGUAAAAGGUAUCGUCCGGAACCUUCUGUUGAAUCAGAGACUUGUACAACUAAAGUUUCAGAGGCUUGUAUAGAUGAUGUUUCGGAGAAUUCAAGGCAAAGAGCUCGAACUCUAAAGCCAGAGGGAGAGGAUGUUGGUGGAGUAUCUCAUUGCAAUGAAGGGUUUGGCAUAGCUGCAGGUCAUGAAGUUUCUGUUAUAUUGAACCUGUACCCAGAUGGAUUCUUUAUUGAAAAACCCUUGGAGAAAGAAGCUGUGCAUCAAGUUCAAGAAGCUCCAAAAAAGUUACUUCCGUAUGAUAAAGCUUCUGAUAUCUUUUUAGUGGCUAUGGAGUCUGGCCAAUUGCCUAUAGAUUUUCCGGAUAGUAUUUCUGGCAAAUAUGUUGGUGGAACACUUGUGUGUGAGGUGCGAGAUUAUAGAAAGUCUGAAUCUGAGCAACGAUCUACAUCUAGUUCACCUAUGCCUGGAUUCCCUAUUGUUAAGAAAGUACGCCUUAGGGUGACUUUGGAGAAUGUAGUGAAGGAUGUCUCUUUGGUCUUGGACGAUUCUUGGUCAUACGCUGAUUUGAUGGAUGUGGAGUCUGAGAUAGUGAAUGCUAUGAACCCACAACUUUGUCUAGAUCCUACUCCCAAAUUGGAUAGGCUUUCUACCAAUCCAGUUAACGAAAAGCUUGAUUUAUCUGUGAGAAGUCUACGAAAAAAGAGAUUCAGGCAGAUGCGAGAAGCUAGUAGAGUGCCAGAAAGCUCCCAUGGCAGGGUGGAAGAGUCUGGGAUUUCUGACAUUAUGAUGCCACAUGUCAAUGUGAAUAUGACUGCUCAAAAUCUGGUUUCAAAUCAGUUGUUACCAUUGAAGCAUAAAAAUUUUGUACCUGAUGCUUCUAUACCAUUAGUACCUCUAGUAACCCAACAAUCAAGGUAUCAAAUUGGGGUUGGGAUACCAGGUAUGCAAGAUCAUGGGCCAAGUUCUGUUGUCAAUCCAUCUGGAGCUUCGUCUGUUGGACAAGAGAUGAUCUCAUAUGCUGAAAAUAUGAACUCUACUACUUUUCAGGCGAAAAGGGAGAGUCAAGAUGGACCAUUGUCUCCGUUAUCCAGUUAUAAUAAGAGAGCUAGGCUUAACCUCUUAGCCCCUGAUGGAAUUCAACAUCCGCACACUGGGACAUCUAUGGACAAUCUCCAUGGAGUUGAUGUAAAUUGGAAGAAGACAUUGUUAGAGCAACCAGUAGUGGGAUCAGAUGCUAGUCAUUUGGAAGCUCAACAAUCACGACUUCAACAAAGAUUACCGCAGCAUGCAUUUAUGAGGACUAGUUUCACCCAGCCAUGGAAUAAUAUGGUUCAACAUGUUGAAAAAGAUUCAAGAAAGGAGGAUCAGUUCCAAAAAAGAAAAACAACCCAAAGUCCACGGUUGUCUUCUGGGGCUUUGCCUCAAUCUCCAUUGUCUUCAAAGUCAGGAGAAUUUUCAAGUGGUUCAGUUGGACCACAAUUUGGAGUUGUUGCAACAUCUGCUUCACUUGCAUCGCACAAGGAAAAGUCUGUGGUAACCUCGGUUCCUGCUGUAUCUAGUGCAAAUGAAUCAAUGCAGCGUCAACAUCAGGUUCAAACUGCAGCUAAAAGAAGAUCAAAUUCUCUCCCUAAGACCCCAGGAAUUAGUGGAGUUGGGUCUCCAGCUAGUGUUAGUAAUAUUAGUGUUCCACUUAAUGCAAAUAGUCCUUCAGUUGGAACACCACCUUUGAGUGAUCAAUCCAUCCUCGAUAAGUUUUCGAAAAUAGAAAAUGUGGUCAUGAGAUAUCAACUUAAUUCUAGAAAGAAUAAAGUUGAUGAUUAUCAGAUGAGAAAGCCAAAUUCAUAUUCAGCCCAAAAUCUGUUGGCUUGUCUCAACAGUGUUUCAAAUAACGAGGAUUUUAAAGAUGAGUUGAGGCCAUUAUCGAAGUCAUUGCUUGGUGGCAGUAUGAAUAUCUCCAAAUACAGAGUCUUAAAUUUUGUAAACCCAGAACGUAUACUUCAAGGAAAUGUUGUAUCUAUUGUUCAUCGGUUACGAACUAGAAUGGUCAUGUUGGAGAAGGUAAAUGAUGGCACUGUAGCAAUGUAUUGUGGAGACAAAGAAGAAGGUGAUAUUCUGGCCGUGGAGGAAUAUCUUCCUAUAUUACCCAAUACGCACUCGGCUGAUUUGCUUGCGGCACAAUUUAGCUCACUGGUAAGUUCUAGAAAAUGGCUUUGCUGUUUAGAACGAAACUUAUGA